AUGAAAUUACCAAACUUUUGUUCCUCUGUGGCCGUUCUGUUCGCAAGCCUUCUUCUUCCAUCAUCGGUCUUUGGGAUAAAUUCAACCGCCCCAACUGUCACCGUUACCAACGGGUCAUAUGUUGGGAAAUAUGUUUCUGAAUGGCAGCAAGAUCAAUUUCUGGGAGUACCUUAUGCCAUGCCACCGUUAGGUGACCUCAGAUUUGCUGCGCCAAAGUCUCUGAACACUUCCUUUACUGGUUAUCGUGAUGCAACACAUUAUGGGCAUAGCUGUUACCAAUAUGGCACGACUUUUAACCUUUCUGAGGACUGCCUCACUCUCAAUGUUAUAAGGCCAGCGGGAACUACUUCAGACAGUGAUUUACCCGUUUUAAUUUGGAUAUUUGGUGGUGGUUUUUACACUGGAGCGACUGCAGAUCCCCAAUAUAAUCUCUCUGGCAUCACACAUGUCGGACAACAGUCAGGACAGCCCAUCAUUACAGUCUCCAUGGAUUAUCGCCUUGGGGUAUGGGGCUUCCUACAGACGCCUGAAAUACUCGCUGAAGGUAGCUCUAAUGCUGGACUACUUGAUCAACGAUUAGCCUUGAGAUGGAUAAAAGAAAAUAUUGCAUCUUUUGGUGGAAACCCUGAUAAGAUUACUGUUUGGGGGGAAUCUGCUGGAGCUCAAAGCAUCAGUUAUCAUUUAUACUCCUAUGAUGGACGAGAUGACAAUUUAUUCCAAGCAGCAAUAAUGGAAUCUGGAAGUCCCACUGGAGCUAGUCUGAAUCCACUCGGCUGUUAUACUGUACCAACUGAAAACCUAACUCGAGCCACUGGUUGUUGGACAUCCACCAACAAACUCGCUUGUCUACGAAGUCUGACUUCGGAUCAACUAUGGAAGGCACGAGUUAGUCAACAGUGGAAUCCAAUGGUUGACGGCGACUUCCUCACCGACUACCCCAGCAAUCUUACCCCACAAGGAAAAUUCAUCAAAGUUCCCCUCCUAAUCGGCGCCAAUAGUGACGAAGGAAGUAGUUUCGGUGUGUCCGGAUUGAAUAACGAGACAGCCGUUUUCAACAAUCUCCUCAUAUAUCGAGCUUCAAACGCUUAUGCGAUAUCUCCGCCAACUGCUAGAAAGCUGCUAGAAUUAUAUCCGAAUGAUCCAGCAAAUGAACCUCCGUAUUAUAUUACCAACGCGACAAUCUUUCCAAGCAAGGGACUUCAAUGGCGACGCGAUGCUGCCAUAGCAGGAGAUCUGGUUAUGAUAUCCGGUCGUCGAAAGAUGUGCGAAGUCUACACCGCCGCAUCUCAAUCCGUAUAUAGCUAUCGCUUCGAUACAUUUCUCUGGAACGCCGCCGUCACAGACGUCGUAAACGUAGUCUUCUCCUUCCAAAACAUAUCCGGCGCCCUUGGUCCCCUCCCCCAAUACCAAUCGUAUCUCGAUCUCUCCCAAAACAUCGGCAAAGCCUACAUCUCAUUUGUCAAUCAUGGGAAUCCAAACGGUCGUUCAAAUUCCACUUCCACUUCUGUCUCAAACGUCAUGAGUACCGAUAGUAAGAUUACAACACUCCCCAACUGGCCAUUGUAUAGCAAUAAGAGCCCGAAGAAUUUGGUGCUUAAUAGUAAUAAAACGUAUGUGGAAGAUGAUACGUGGAGGAAGGAGGGUAUUGAUUUUAUUAAUUGGGGGGGCGUGGAUAGGGAGUUGUGGUCUUGA